UAAUUUAAGAUAAAAAGGGUAGAGGAUGUUUGAAACCGUGAAAUACCUGAUGGGCUCAACGGGAGCUAGUGGGUUCGGCUCGAAGUCGACCGCCGAGGAAGUUACGGAGGGCAGCGCCGAUCUGAGCUCCGUCACCGCCGUCAUCACAGGCGCCACCUCCGGCAUAGGAGCCGAGACUGCUCGGGUUUUGGCCAAGCGCGGCGCGCGACUCGUCCUCCCGGCCAGGAGCCUCAAGGCCGCAGAGGAAGCCAAGGCUCGUAUCUUGUCGGAGUUCCCUGAAUCAGAGAUCAUCGUCAUGGCCCUUGAUCUUAGCUCCCUCAAUUCAGUUCGACGCUUCGUUGCAGAGUUUGAUUCUCUCGACUUGCCUCUCAAUAUCCUCAUAAACAACGCCGGAAAGUUCUCGUACGAGCAUGCUAUCACUGAAGACGGAGUAGAAAUGACCUUUGCGACCAAUUAUUUAGGACACUUUUUAUUGACGAAACUGUUGCUGAAGAAGAUGAUCGGAACAGCAAAAGCGACCGGCGUUCAAGGACGCAUUGUGAACGUGGCGUCGAGUAUUCACAGUUGGUUUUCCGGCGACCUAAUCCAUUACCUGGGGAUGAUAACCAGAAAUAAAAGCCCAUACGAUGCUACACGUGCUUAUGCUCUCUCGAAGCUCGCGAACGUUUUGCACACCAAGGAACUGGCUCAGAGGCUCAAGAAAAUGGAUGCAAACGUUACUGUGAAUUGCGUUCAUCCAGGUAUUGUGAGAACUAGGCUCACCAGAGAACGAGAAGGCUUCAUCACAGAUCUGGUGUUCUUCUUGGCUUCCAAGCUCUUGAAGACCAUUCCGCAGGCCGCUGCCACGACUUGCUAUGUCGCAACUCACCCGAGGCUCGCCAACGUCACCGGAAAAUACUUCGCAGACUGUAACGAAGCGUCGCCGUCGAAAUUAGGAUCCAACUCCGGCGAAGAUGCAAGGCUUUGGUCCGCGUCGGAACUCAUGGUCUCCGGCGACUCCAAGGCAAUCUUUGACCAGACAUAACCAAAAAAAAAAAAAUAUUCAGAAAAAUGCUUAGAUACUCUCAAACACUAGAGACCGACUUUAAAGAAAGGAACAUAUAUAUAUAUAUAUAUAAUAUAAUAGAAAUUAAUUAAUAGCAGUGUUAGCAGCGGAUAUACCAUAAUGUACACAGCUUUUGCUUACAUACAUACAUACAUAUAUAUAUACCCUCUUCAUAGUA